AUGAGUAAUUUCUGGCAACUGACCCCUGACCCCUGCCCCAUUUCCACCAAUGAGUUCUGGCAACUGACCCCUGACCCCCGCCCCAUUUCCACCAAUGAUUUCUGGCAACUGACCCCUGACCCCUGCCCCAUUUCCACCAAUGAGUUCUGGCAACUGACCCCUGACCCCUGCCCCAUUUCCACCAAUGAGUUCUGGCAACUGACCCCUGACCCCCGCCCCAUUUCCACCAAUGAGUUCUGGCAACUGACCCCUGACCUCCGCCCCAUUUCCACCAAUGAGUUCUGGCAACUGACCCCUGACCCCUGCCCCAUUUCCACCAAUGAGUUCUGGCAACUGACCCCUGACCCCCGCCCCAUUUCCACCAAUGAGUUCUGGCAACUGACCCCUGACCCCCGCCCCAUUUCCACCAAUGAGACCCCACCCCCUCUAGGACCACCCUCCCCUCAGGACCCCACCCCCCUACGACCACCCUCCCCUCAGGACCCACCCCUCAAGACCACCCCCAAAGGACCACCCCCUCAGGACCCACCCCUCAGGACCACCCCCCUAGGACCCCCCCCCCCCCCCCCCCUCAGAACCCCACCCCCCUCAGGACCACCCCCUCAGGACCCCACCCCCAAAGAACCACCCCCAAAGAACCACCCUCCUCAAGGCCCCACCCCCUCAGGACCACCCCCUCUCUGGACUCUGCCCCAAUCGGAACACCCCCCUCAGGACCCCACCCCUUUAGGACCCCACCCCCCCCAGGGCCCCACCCCCUUUAGGACCCCACCCCUCUCAGGACCCCACCCCCUCAGGACCGCACCCCCUUAA